GGCGAGUUCACGGCUGCUCGGGGUUACAGUUGGACGGACGUACAAGGAAAACUUUAAUUCAUAGCUAGAUAGGCAAUUAUUUCAUUUAUUUUUCUCAAGGGAAAAAUUACGAUGUCCACUGAACAGAAAGACGCGCAGGAGAUGAAUGUUUACUCCGUCACCCUGAGCGGGCCGGCGCCCUGGGGCUUCAGGCUCCAGGGGGGUAAAGACUUCAGCAUGCCCCUCACCGUGUCCCGGCUGACCCCGGGUGGGAAGGCCGCCCAGGCGGGCGUAGGUGUCGGGGACUGGGUGGUGUCCAUCAGCGACUCCAACGCGGAGGACAUGACCCACGUGGAAGCGCAGAACAAGAUUCGUGCAGCAACAGACUCCCUGACUCUCACUCUCAGCAGAGCCUUCCAUCCAGCGGGCUCUGAGCCGAAGGAUGCGCUUGCUCCUGCCUCCAGUCAGCCCAAGUACUCCUUCGCCCCCAGCACGGUGCUAAACAAGAUGGCUCGGCCAUUCGCCUCCGACGGCAACCAUGCCAAAACGGGGCCGGUGAUCAAACCCGUCGCGUACGCCCCCAAGACUGACUUCAGCGCGCGGGUGCCAACCAAUGAGCUGCAGCCGCACAAUGGCCACAAGGCGAGUCUACCCCCUGCCAAGUCUGAUCCCACGGCGCCCCCUGUGGACAAAUCUGGUGGAAAUCCAGCCAAACCAGCCUCCAAAACUCCGGCCCCCUCCACGGGCCCCACCUGUCGGCCCCCCUGGGUGACAGACCCCAGCUUCGCUGACCGCUACCGCCCGGACAAGACGAGCACAGUUCUGACCCAGCACAGCCAGCCGGCCCAGCCCACGCCCAUGCAGAACCGCAGCUCCAUCCUGCAGGCAGCCCAGCAGGGCCCCCCUGACAGUGGCAGGACCCCAGUUUGCGCUGCCUGCAGCAAGAUCAUCAGGGGUCGGUACCUUGUGGCACUGGGUCGUUCCUGGCACCCUGAGGAGUUCACUUGCUCCCAGUGUAAGGUCAUUCUGGAAGUGGGCGGCUUCUUCGAGGAGAGAGGCUCCGUGUUCUGCACCAAGUGCUACGACAGCCGCUACGCCCCCAACUGUGCCAAGUGCAAGAGGAAGAUCACUGGGGAAAUCAUGCAUGCUCUGAAGAUGACCUACCAUGUCCAGUGCUUUGUCUGUGCCGCCUGCAAGACGCCUAUCAGGAAUCAGGCCUUCUACAUGGAGGAGGGCGAGCCCUACUGCGAGACAGACUAUGAGAAGAUGUUCGGUACUAAAUGUCACGGCUGUGACUUCAAGAUUGAUGCAGGGGACCGCUUCCUUGAAGCGCUUGGCUACAGCUGGCAUGACACUUGCUUUGUCUGCGCCAUCUGCCAAAUCAAUUUGGAAGGGAAGACCUUUUACUCCAAGAAGGACAAACCUCUGUGUAAGGGCCAUGCCUUCUCACCUGUGUGAAGAAAGGCAGAAGAAGGUGGCAAGUGUACCAAAAUAGACCCCCCCGCUCCUUGCUGCCACCGAUAUUCUUGCAGAACCUAUGCCCCGUCAGAGUGGAGCCUCACCGAAUGUUCCCUUGUGACCCCAUUCAACCCAGCUACCUGUGCUUCAGGAGAGGGGUGGAGGGGCAGCUAACGUUUCCUGCUAGCUGCAAGCCACCAGCAUUCCUGAAAAACUCAGCGUGAUCCAACAGACUGAGGCCGUGCCACACCGCUGUUGCUGCAGUGUCUUUAAGGGCCAAAUGUUGUUCUGUGUUUUCUGCACGACCCAUGUUUUACUCAACUACAGCUGCUCUCGUUUUCUGUGUUACCUCAGGAGCAUCUGAGGACUGACUUGCAAUCAACAGCUUUUUAAACACCCAAAUUUUGCCAUUUACAAUGUUCUUGCACAUCUGAGUUUUGCGUUUAUGGAAAUACACUAGUAAAUGUAAAAUUGUGUGCCAGCCCUCAUAGUCAGGUUUAAUCCAGGUGCCUCAUGGAAUUUUAUGAAUGAAUUUGAUCUAGACAGCGAUUCCUGAGGUCAAUCCAGGCUGGGUGUUUUUUGUGUUUUGUUUGUUGCCCUGUGAAUUGGAAUCAGUAUUGCCUGGUCUACUAUGAUAGAUUUUCACUAAGGGAUUGAGAUGUUCAUGAUUUACAGUGACAUUUUCUUUAAGGAAAGUCCUCCACGAUAACCUUCCUCACCGUAUGGUUUGGGCGCAGGAAAAAUUCCAUUACUAGGCAACAACUGUGGGGCUCCCUGCCAUUCAACCAUAAAUACAUUUCUAAAUUAUUGAUUUGUAUUUUGGAAGCGCAAAGUUAUUUACUGUCAAUGUCUUUUAAAGCACAAUUUAUCCAAGUGCCGGUUGCCAUGUUAAAACAUCAGCUCAGUUUUCUGCAGUAUGGCACAGAUUUUGUACUGCUGUGCAUAUGAUAAUGGAAUCCUUCAAGAAAGAUACUGCAGCAAAGUGGAGGAGGACAGUGAGCUCAAAACUAGGGAGGCUAAACACAUAUUUCGAUUUUUAUGGAUGUUCUGCAUGAUUAACAAGUGUGUCAAUUUAGGUGCUGAUGGGCGAUUCAUGUUUAAUCUCCCUUUUUAACUUAAUUGUGCCCAAUGUGGUGGCAUUACCUUUGUAACCACUGAGCACUGCAUGUGAACACUUGAAUUAAAACUAAAAAAAAGCUGGCAUAAAGUUAGGACUUAUUUCCAAUCUCUCACUCAUAAUGAAAUGAUUUAAUAUGACCCUGUCUUUUUUGUUUUAAUUAAAAUGAUUUGAUGUCAAGUGUACAAAGGUAAAGCCCCCACAAUAGACGCAAUCAAGUAAAAAGGAAAUCAGCCGCAGAUGGGUGAUCCUUAUUCAAAUCCACACACUUGUUAAUCACGCCAAAACAAGCAAAAAGCAGGUUCAGCAAAAUUAGCAUUUUAAAGGUAUGUUUUUAGCCGCCUCCGUUUUAUAAGCCUCUGUUGCUUGUGAGGCAAAUGCAUAAGCACUUGAUGACACAUGCAUAUACUGACCCAGGCAAUGAUGUGUGCAAGCUUUAAAUGCAUUUUUUUUUUUUUCAAUUAAUUGUUGUUCAUCAGAAAGAAAAAAAAAAAAA